GUUCUCUCAGACCCUUAUGAGGGCGAGGUUUCUGAGGAGGAGAACCUCAUGGGGACAGAGUUUGCCCCCGCUUCAUCCAAAAAGGCCCAGGAUAAACCCAGACGAAUCCCGCAACGUUAAGACUACCCUGGCGUUUGACCCGAAUGACUUGGGCUAUCCACGCUCCACUGAAUGGGAGCCACAGGAGUAUAUUGUGCAAUACCUGGUGAUAAGGGUCUGCAAACCCCCCUCCUGGGAGGGCCAUAAUAAACUGAGGGCCAAAUGCCCCCGGACCAUUUUCCCAGACAUGGUGGCCAAGACCCCCGAA